AUGUGUGGCAGGUAUGUGCUGGCCUUGCGACCCUCAGAGGUGCGCCAACAACUAGAGCAGUCGCAGAUGCCGGUCGAGGAAGUGCCGAACGACGAGAACGUACGCCAGUCUUACAACUUUGCGCCUGGAUAUCAUGGGCUUGUGUAUCGAGCGGAUGACACCGAUCACGCCGCCCAUAAUGACAAUCAUAGCGAAAACGAUAAGAAACCCAAGGAGGAAGGCACAGCAGACACCAAGUAUAAGCUGCAGUCAAUGCAAUGGGGUCUUGUACCAUUCUGGACGAAACGUAACCCGGACUAUGGUUCAAAGAUGAAGACCAUCAACUGUCGGGACGACUCAUUAUUCGAAGAUCGAGGCAUGUGGACAACCAUGAAAAAACAAAAGCGAUGCAUCAUCAUUGCGCAAGGCUUCUAUGAAUGGCUCAAGAAAAAUAACGGCAAGGAAAAGAUACCAUAUCUCACCAAGCGCAAAGACGGACAGCUCAUGUGCUUUGCUGGGCUGUGGGAUCGUGUUCAGUUUGAAGACAGCAACGAGCCACUGUAUACCUACACCAUCAUCACCACCAACUCGAACAAGCAACUCAACUUUCUGCACGAUCGCAUGCCAGUCAUUCUUGACAACGGCUCUGACGCCAUACGAACAUGGCUGGAUCCGAACCGCAAAGAGUGGAGCCAGGAUCUGCAGUCACUACUGAAGCCGUAUGAAGACGAGCUUGAGUGCUACCCUGUCAGCAAAGACGUGGGCAAGGUCGGGAAUAACUCCCCAUCAUUCUUGAUACCCGUCGAUAGCACUGAGAACAAAAAUAACAUUGCGAACUUUUUUGGUAACCAGAGAAAGCUUGCAAAGAAGUCCAACGUGGCGGGAAUCGACAAAACGGAGCGCGAACUUGAGAAUGCCACGACUCAGGACGGCCAUGUCAAAAUCGAACACGACCUCAAUGAAACUCGUGACACCACGAACCGUGUUGGAGGUACCGAAGAUAUCGCGCCACUACCCGUUCCAGACGAUUCUCCAUCACAGGCCAUGAAACUCAUACAAGGUAUGAAGCGAGAAGCGGACGAUGAUAGUACCACAUCAGGCCAAGGGCCACAGUUGAAGCGCAUUAAGCCGACCUCCCCUCCGAAGCUUGCAUCUCCCAUGAAGAAACCUACAAAGAAACAAGGCACACGCAGCGCUACAAGUAACGGCAGUGCAGCAAAGACACCAGUGAAGACUGAUGGGAACUCGAAGAUCACAUCCUUUUUCAGCAACAAGUGA